AUGGGCCAAGCUCCGAGUCGCAACGCCCUUGAGGCCGCCCUGACCCGCUCUACUCCCACUCUCUUCCCGUUGACGUCCGAGGACUACUAUCUGCCUUCAGGUGCUAUGCUCGAUAUGGUGCUGGAGAUCGUGUCUGCCAGCAACAUACUGGCAGGCGACUAUCUCGGAAUCACAGCGUUGAUGAAAGGCCAGUUCUGUUCAAGCGACGCUUAUGCUGUCAUUGAAGUGAACGGUCAAAAACUGGCCUGGACCCAUCCUGUCUUUUCGACGCUCGAUCCCGUCUGGAACGAAAAGUUUUUCUUUCGAAAUGUUCCGCUCGGCUCUCAAUGCAAACUGUACCUGUUCGACAAAGAUGUGAACGCUGACGAUGAAUUGGGCGAAACUCAAUUCACGAUUGUCGACACGGACAACACCGAGUCGACAUGCGAGUUGGCCAUCACGUUCCAUGGAAAAAAGGCCGGCACUAUCGUCGUCAAGGUCCGGUCGCACCCGGUGUUCCGUGAAGCUGGUGCUACACUUCACGAGUACGGUCCUGUGCGCUAUUCCGUGCACUCGAGCGUGACCGCUGGACUAAUGACCAUGUCCAUGUCGAACAACUCCAAAGUUGAGUCGCUGGCAUACCACGUUCAACUGCACAACAUUCCGCUAUUUUUGCCGACGGAACAUGAGUGGAACAAGGACUAUCCGACGAUUCAGCGCAUAUUUUCGUCAGAGUACCCCGAGUCGCUGGUGCUACGUCAAGCGAUCAUAACGCAGCACGCUCUGAUCUAUACACACGGCAUCAGCAACACGAAAUUUGGUGCGAUCUCGUCACCUUUCGAGUUCUUCAAGCUCAUCAAUGACGGCACGCGUCUCGACAAGCCCGUCCUGUUCACGUAUGUCAUUACGAAGAACGGCUGGUACUUCUCCGAGACAGGUGCAGCCUUUUUCAAGGAUAUGCUGUCCAAGCACAUGCUGCACUCGUGCGCUGCAUUCUCUGUGCUGUACGCAGGGGAGUUUCGCGUCGACAAUCAUCUGUUUGGUGAGCCGAGGCUCAUUAUUGACAACGAUAGCGGCACAUACGCACCACCUAAAGCUGUGUUACCGCGCGUGAAGGCGUUGAUUGAGAACAACUUCCCCGGCAUUGCAGUGGAAGCGUUGGAUCGCGAAGACGCAGGUGUGCAGCAACGGCGCAAGGAGAUUCUAGCACUAUGGACAUGA